ACACAAAUGCAUCUUUUCAUCUGAGUUGAAACAAAUUCGAGUUGUCAUUACAAAGCUGUUUUAAUCAAAUAAACAAAAUGUCAAAAUAGCUUUCACACAACUUGCAGAACUCCUUUAAAGUAUUGUGUCAGCAUUUAUUCUGGAUUGGAUUGCGUCUACGAAAAUAUUUCUUGUUUAAAUCCCGUGUACUUUACUGUUUAUAAAAAGUCGAUCAUAUUUCUCUGAUAAGAAUGCAAGCUCUGGCAGUCACAGUUCCUGAAAAGUAUGAGAAUGAAAAGCCCAGAGGAUGCUACAUACCGAAGCGAUUCAUUGUUGCUUUCUUGGGAUUUUUUGGUCUUGUCAAUGUCUACGCCUUACGGGUGAACCUAAGUGUGGCUAUGGUUGCCAUGGUGAACAACACAGAAAAAAUUACCAACGUAUUUAACAACUCCAGAGAUGAAUGCCCGGAUCUUAUGGGAAGUGAUAGCGAUUCAACUAUGGCUCAGAGUAGUUCAUUGGGAGAGAAAUAUGAUUGGGAUGCAAAAACGCAGGGAAUGAUCAUGAGUUCCUUCUUCUAUGCUUACUUCAUUACUGUGCUGACCGGCGGCUAUUUCGCCAAAAGAUUUGGAGCCAAGCUUAUGUUUGGCAGUGGCAUAGGCGUCACGUCCAUUUUGACGUUAUUGACGCCGGUUGCUGUAAGAUGGGGAAUCAUUCCUUUCAUCAUUGUCAGAGCUCUUGAAGGGGUAGGAGAGGGUUUGACAUACCCAGCAAUCAAUACCAUGGUCAGUCAGUGGGCGCCAAAACUGGAGAGGAGUAGAAUCUCAUCAGCAGUGUUCAGUGGUGCUUCCAUAGGGACUGUGGUUUCUUUGUCUGCAUCUGGGUUACUAUGCAAAUCAGAAGCCCUUGGAGGAUGGCCGUCAGUCUUUUAUGUGUUUGGCGCUAUUGGUUGUUUUUGGUACGUACUCUGGGUUAUAUUUAUAUAUGAAACACCUGAUGAGCAUCCGACGAUUUCUAAAGAAGAAUUGUUUCUUAUUUAUGAAUCGGAAGAAAAUCAAUUGUCGCAAAAGGAUCUUGACAUACCAUGGAAAAAAAUAUUCACUUCUGUGCCAAUGUAUGGUGUUCUGUUUGGCCACAUUGGAUCAUAUUUCGGAUUAGCAGUGCUGAUGACAGAAUUACCUUCGUAUCUCUCUGGAGUCUUGCAUUACAGUGUGGAAGCGAGUGGUCUAUUAACUGGUUUGCCAAACAUCUUGGAGGCAUUGGGCGGAAUGAUGUCAUCUUAUGUUGCGGACAAACUCAUAAGCUCCAAGACGCUGAGUGUUACGUCAGUUCGCAAAAUAUUUCAAUCAAUAGGUAUGGUCGGAUCAGGCAUUUGCUUGCUUGCGAUAACUGUGUCGGGGUGUCAGGCGUCGGUUAUCAUAAUCCUCUACUCAUUAUUAUUGUACGUGAAUGGCUUUAAGUAUUCUGGAUAUAAUGUCACUCACGUUGAUAUGUAUCCACCAAUGGCAGGAGUUUUAUUUGGAUUGACGAACAGUAUAUCAUCCCUUAGUGGAAUCAUUGUGCCUAAUAUGACUGGAGCAUUCACAGCGACUGGGAAUACCAGAAGCAAUUGGAAUAAAGUUUUUUAUGUCACUGCAGGAGUUUAUUUCAUUUCAACAAUACUUUACGACAUCUUUGCGUCAGCUGAACUGCAACCGUGGGGAUCUGAGAAAAAAGAAAAGAAACAAAGCAACACUGCCGAAACAAAAAGUUAGCGUUUCGGAGAAAUACGUUUGUUUUCCGGUAUUGUAUGAAAAACAGGUUGAAAAGUUGAGGAAUAUUUGAAAAUUUAGAUCAAAUAAGAAGUGAUUACGGCAGUUUAUACUUAGUGGGAAAAUUAUACACAUUUGACGAAUUUUAUUGAAGAAAAAUAACAAUUAAACUAUAUAUAGAAUUAAAAAAAAACUUUAAAUUACAAAGAAAAGAUUAAUAAAAGGAUUUAAAGAAAAAUGAGAAUGCAUUAUAGACCUUCUUUUAUUAUUUUUAUUUUUUUUUGUCAGUGAGUUCUGUGUAUCUUAUACUUAAAAUUUCUACACGACUUUUAAUUUCUGCAUAUGGUGUAUCAAUUUUACACAUAAAGACCAAAAUCGUUCUAUAACAGAUCCUUAUUUUUAAAUUAAAUUUUCUAUGCAGUUUUAUUUUCCUAUUUUAAUGCAUGCUCAUGUACUAAGCAGAAAAUGUUGUGCAUAUUUUUAGUAUCAAAUGCAUAGAUUUACAGAUAAAGAAUGAAUCCUUUUAUAAUGGUUUCUUCAUAUUUUAUUCUUUAUGAUGGAUUUAUAACCAAUUCUUUAUAUUUUAUUCUUUAUAAUGGAUUUAUAAUGGUUAUCUAUUAUAAACAAUUUUUUAGUAAUGAGUUAUGUGUAUUUGACACAUAAAAUUUCUGUUCUUCUUUUGGCUUUUAAUUUAUGCAUAUGGUGCAUCAGUUUUACUCAUAAAGAACGAAGUCAUUCUAUAAUGGACCCUUAUUUUUAAAUCAAAUUUUCUAUACAUUUUUAUUUUCCUGUUUUAAUUCAUGCUGACUUAUUAAGCAGAAAAUUUGCAUGCAUUUUUAGUAUCAUAUGCUUAGAUUUUAAAGAUAAAAAAUGAAUUCUUUUAUCGUAUUCUUUAUAAUUCUUAUAUAUUAUUCUUUGCAAUGAAUUUUUAAUGGAUUCUGCAAAUAUCAUCCUUUAGAAUGGAUUUAUAAGGCAUUAUUGCUAUCACAUUGAAUGUUCUCAACUUUCUAUUUUUUUAUAAAAUAAUAAAAAUACAAUUGCUGAUACAUUAAGCAAUUAUUUCUAUCCUAUUGAAUGUUUUCAACUUUCUUGUUUUAUAAAAUUAUAAUAUUAUAAUUGAGACAUUGUAUGCGUUUUAUACAUCAGAUGCAUAAAUUCUUUUUGUAUUCUGUUUUGCUGAUAGCUUGGCAGAAUAUGUUGCCAGGGCUAAAUAUUGAAACGAAACGCUAAAGUGCAAAAAAUCUUUCAGUACAAAUUGGCGAAAAAAAAUGUCUUUUAAUCGUAUAAACCUGCUAUGUUUGAUGAUUAACCUGCUCAAACUAUCACAUAUAUUACAGGAAAAAAACGAUUUUCUUUUGUCAAACACAAAUUUAUACUAUUCCUUAUAUUUGAUUAUCUAUUAUUUUAAGAAACAUUAAUAUUAUGAUAAUUAUUUUCAUAAGAACUCUUUUGAAUAAUAUACUAAGACAUUAAAUAAAAGCAAUAAUGGCAUAUGAAGCUCAAUUAUAUGUAUCUGAACAUACAUAACUGUUUUUUUGAAGGGAAUUUGUUUCGUUCAAUAUGUUAAAAAAAUAUCUAAAUAGCAAAAACAGUUAGCCAUUUUGCAUUACAUGCUUCCUAUUCAUAAAACAAAAUCUAAUUUAAGGUAUUCUAUAAAAUUCUUAAUUUUAUCUUUUUAUCGGUGGCAUUUCAACAUUUACUUCUAAUCCCACGAAAAUGAAUUGCCAUUAAACAUCUCAUUGCAUUUAUGAAAGAAUGCAAUAAAUUUCAUGCUAGCGGUCCGGCUAGCUCUGAUAUGUACAUUACUUUACCUGUGUAUUUGUAUCAUAGUUAUAUUUUUUGAUUAUACAUGUGAUAAAUGUAAUUUUCCUAGAAGUUUACAUGUUUGUUUCUGCUUCAGUUUUCUCAAUGUUU